GACAUUUGUCAUUGUAAGAUGAGACCAGUGGUGGGAGGAAGCCAUAAAUACACAAAUACGGAAAUACACAAAAAUCUCGGGGAAAUGGCAGCCGACCAGGAGUAUGUCCCACAGCAGAUGACCACAUCAACAACGGUUGUCAGUAAUAACACUGCGACUGACAGUGGACGCAAGUUUAAACGUAGUAUUAGCUGGUCCGACUCCGAAAGCAACCUUCGGAAACUGAGGAACGGCGAUUUCAACAAUUGUGAUCUUUUGGAAAAAUUUCUCUCGAAGAGACGACAUUGCCACUUACAAUUCUUCGGUAAAUCAGGCGCAGACGUUGACAUCGACGUAAACGCCGAAACGGAGUCGGUGCGAGAAGAUCCGCCGGAAUUUCGGCUUUCAUCGUCAAGUGAUGCUGAUGACGAAGUGUCGACGCGACCGUCAACAGAAACUUGUCCAACAGAACCGAUGGAAAACAAGAAACAGAUUAAACCAGGUAGGAAAUUGCUGAAAACUAACAGUGUCUUCUCCGAUGAAGUUUUUAUGCCAGAUAAUAAACGAAGUUUGACCUUUCAACAAAAGAAAAUCCUCGUUGGACCUUUGAAGGAUAAGUUGUUCGUGGGUUUGAGCGGUUUGUAUGGUAUUGCUCUAGUCGUGUUAGGAUUUGUCCUACCAAUCGCUGAAACGUUCUCAGAUCCAACAAAACCUUAUUUCUUUGAGAUAUUCUAUCUAUAUCUUUACAUCACCAGCAUUCUCUUCCUCAUCUACGUCUACGUCUACCUGUUGCGUAGAAACCGUAUGACGUUCAACAUCCUGUCUCGUACGUGGUCGUUCCGUCGUUCAGUUAACUCCUGUAAAGAUUCACCGAACGCUAGUACGACGUCAUUCAGAACGAGAAAACGGAAGGUCGCGUUUGACGAAACCAAUAAUCACCAUACAGGUAGUUUUUACCUCAGACUUGGAGCACUAGGUAACACCUGUUUUGUUUUUUUAUUAAUAUUAAUGUGUGUAGGCCCAUCGUAA